AUUUGAAGAUUUAUCAAAUCUCAGCAAACGAAAAAAUGUUUUGAAAGUAGCAUAAAUGAUUCAAGUAAUUCGAAAAAUUGAACUAUUUUAAUAUCAUCAUUCUUUUGGACAGAAUAUAGUUGAUAUUUCAGUUUUCACAGAAGAAGAGAGUUCCAAAGUUUUAGAUUUGAAGAAUAUAUUUGAUCAUGUCUUAUCUAAAGGAAUUCAUUUGUUUUUCUUUUUAAAGAGAAUGAUAAAGAUUCAUCAACAACAUCAAAUACAGACAAAGUUAAAAAAGUUAAUCAUACACAAUUAGGUACUUUUGGAAAUUAUUCGAAUUAAUAUGUUCAUCAUAUCAAAUACAUAAAAGUUUAUUAAAUUCAUCAGAAAUGAUCAUUAUUGUCUAUCAAAUCAGUUUUAAGUCUUAUUUCUACACAAGAUUUAUCAAAAAAAUUUGGAAGAAACACUUAAUUAUUUUAAAUCAACAUUCAAUGUACACAAAAGGUAACUUCUUUUAAAUAGUAAAUAUUUAUUGUUUAAGCUAAAACCUUUAGGAUGUCGUAUUGUGUCUGAAAUUUGUCUAUGGAUAAAACUUUAGAUGAAAAUGUUUUAAUUGAGGUUGAUGAAAGGAUCUUUCCUAGAGAAGGAAAAUUUCAAUAUAAGAAUGUCAUAGUAACAGAAAAACUGAUUUUACAAAUAUCGACGAUCUUAACGAGAUUAGUUUUGUUGUGAAAGUGUCAGAUCUUUUGAUUCGGUUCUAUCUUGAAAUUCGAAUAUUAAAUCAUCUAGUUGACGUGAGCGAUCUGAAAGAAACGCUAUCAAUUCGAAAUUUGAAAAUCAUUUUUUCUGUUAGCACAACAUUCAUUUAAAAAUAUUCUUUUAAUUUAGUUUUUAUUAAAUCUUCAAAUGUUUCUUCACAAGUAUCAUUAAAUAAUUCUUUAACUUAUAUUCAUACAAUAAGUAUUCGACAAUCGAUAAUUUAUUUUAUUUGGUUCACGUUAUGCAUCAAAUAUAAAUAGUGCAAUACGAGAGUAAAAUGAACAAAAAAACGAAUUUGAUCUAUUCUGUUUUUUUUAUUUUCUAUUUUAGUUUCUAUAGAACUAAAAAAUUAGUCUUAAAAAAUAUAUUAAUAUACAAAUGAAAGCGAUUUUCAAGCUGCUGUACUCGACUUGUUUAAUUACUUUUAAUUCGUGUUAAUUAUGAUUAAUUAGAAGCUGAUGAAAUUCGUUGCAUUUCUAAUCGUUUCGUUUAUUUUUAAAUAGCAUUUUAUUUAUUGUAUUGCUGAAUUUCUUGUUAUGUUAUCACAUGAUACACUUCAUUCAAAACAAGUUAUUAAAAUACAAGAUUUAAUAAAACAUUAUGAUUCAUUAUUAGCAAGUGGACAUGAACCUGAAACACAUAUUAUUAUUAAUAGUGUCCAAAUUGAAGAUGAUAAAUGGAAACGUCUUUCACGACAAAUUGUCGAUUUACUUCUUGCUCAUUUACAAUCUCAGAAUCAAGCACUUUUGGAUAUUUAUUCCACACAAUUAACACUAUUUGAUGUUGCUUUUCGAGCGUUAGUAAAUAAAAAUGUCCGUUGUUUUUAUUUAUAA